GCAGAGUUGAAACGCAGCAGCCGGGAGAGCUCAGAAGCAACUUCGCCGCCGUGCAACUUUUGAUGACAGGUUCGUUGGCGCGGUGGAUGAGUGGCUGGCAAGUGCUUCGCCUGUGAAGAUUCGGGAGUCCGUUCCCCACGAUGAAGCUCCUGGUUUGUGUGGUGGCAGUCGCCUUGGCGGUGAGAUCUACCCACGCAGGGACCAACUUUGACGAGCCGUGUUACGGUCUGGACUGCAGCAGAGGAUGCAGGUGCAACCCAGAAAAGGGCGCCAGGGGUCGUCCAGGGCCGCUCGGUGAAGUGGGUCAAAGUGGACCAGAGGGUCCUCGCGGCAUUUUAGGGCCUUCAGGUCCAAAAGGAGAGAAAGGCCAUAUUGGACUAAAAGGACCGUCUGGCCCAAAAGGAGACAAAGGUCCAAUGGGAGUACCAGGAUUCCAAGGAAAUGAUGGAGUCCCUGGUCACACCGGUCAGCAUGGUGGCAGAGGAUCUCCCGGACUGGAUGGCUGUAACGGGACAAGAGGGGAACCUGGAUAUCCCGGCUUUGGUACAGGAGGGCCCGGACCUCCUGGAUUCACCGGUCCUAGUGGACCAAAAGGUCAAAAAGGAGAACCUCGAUACAUAACUGAUGGUGGCGAAAUAACUGGUUUGCGAGGUUUACCAGGAGAAGACGGUCUACCUGGUUACCCAGGUCCUAAUGGUCCAGUUGGCUUUAUGGGUCCACCGGGUCCUGAAGGGUUCCCAGGCCCACCUGGUCCUCCCGGUUUUCCAGGACCAAUGGGGAGUCGUAGUGACGGAUAUCAAGGCGAAAGAGGGGACAAGGGCGACGUGGGCCUUCCAGGGCCGAGUGGUACUCCAGGCGAUGGGUCACUGAGAAGCGAACAAACGCUUACUAUCUACAAAGGAGACAAGGGGGAACCUGGAAGAAAGGGGGUCAGAGGCUUUCCAGGAGGUCGUGGUCUUCCUAGCGCUUUUGGUUUUGCCGGGGAGUUGGGAGAAAAAGGCAUUCCCGGAUACCCAGGAGCAAGAGGUCCUCCAGGUUUUAAUGGACCGCCGGGUGUACCUGGACAACGGGGAUACAGAGGGGAUCCAGGAUUACCUGGGCAGCCAGGAUACAUUGGACCCAAGGGAGACCAAGGAGAGCCUGGAAUCCCAGGACCUCCUGCGUAUGUCAGCGGUCCUGGCACUUAUGUUCAAGGUCUACAAGGUGAACCAGGUUUUAAUGGGCGUCCAGGUGCCCCUGGUGACCAAGGAACUCCAGGGUUCCCAGGACCACCCGGCCCACCAGGAAUUGGGGGUUUUGGUCCAGGUCGCCCAUCCAGCCAGGGCUUCCCAGGGACCCCAGGCCCAAAGGGGGAGAAAGGUAGCCCUGGUGUAGCUGCAUAUGGUUCUGAAGGAUUCCCAGGCUCCCCCGGAAAUCCAGGGUCCCCCGGCUUUCCAGGACCUCCUGGACCUCCUGGCUCCUCCGGCCGGCCCAGUGAGCCCUGCGUCAUCUAUCCCGAGGGUCCCGACAGGCCCGACGUAACCCCUGGCACUCCGGGUUCUCCAGGGCUGCCAGGCCCUCGGGGACUACCGGGUAACGUAGGAUAUAAGGGUUAUCGAGGCGAUCCUGGUGACUGCAACUGUCUUGGAGGUGGCUCCUCAGGGCUGUCCGGGCCCCCUGGACUGCCGGGUGCGAAUGGCAGCCCAGGCUUUCCUGCAUCAAAGGGUGAGCCCGGUGAUGGCGGUUCACCUGGCUUCCCCGGCCGUCAGGGAUCCCCUGGUCGGCCUGGUGAACAGGGCUUCUUUGGCCGUAAGGGAGAAAAGGGAGCAUCUUCCUACACAAACUUCGGCGGGGGUGGGAAGGGAGAGCUUGGAGCGACAGGACCCAGAGGACCUACUGGAGAAACCGGAAAACCAGGCAGGGAUGGAUCACCCGGCUACCCCGGAUCCCCCGGCCCACCUGGGGACGGUGGCUACGGCACGCGUGGAGAAAAAGGCUUCCCAGGGUAUCCAGGUGCUAAGGGUCGGCCUGGAGGGCCUGGCGAGCCUGGCCCUGGCUAUGCGGGUACACCUGGUUUCAGAGGAGAGCCUGGAGACCCUGGUUUUUCUGGGCUGCCGGGGCCACCAGGUUUGCCUGGACCAAGAGGUGAAAUCAGCUGUGGAGAGGUUAUUGACGACAGAGAGGGAACGGGCCAAGCGUUGCCCUGCUUCGUACCUGGUGAGGCCGGAGAUCCAGGCUUCCCUGGUGUUCCUGGACGGCCAGGUCCCAAAGGUCAACCAGGCUUCCCAGGGGGCUCUGGACGUCCAGGGUUUGAUGGUGCCAAAGGAGAGCGAGGAGACCCUGGUUUUGGAGGGCAGCCUGGACCACAAGGUUUUCCCGGACCCAGAGGGGAUCCCGGAGUUCCUGGCAUUCCAGGACAGAGUUUCGAUGGGGCCAGAGGGAAGGCUGGUGUUCCUGGGCGCCCCGGAGGUAAAGGCCAACCUGGCGAAGUUCUGGGAGCCACGAGGGGAACUCCAGGUCGGGAUGGUUUUCCUGGAGUCCCUGGAGACAAGGGACAGCCUGGGACACCAGGAAGUCCCGGAUCACCCGGUUUUGACGGGCGCUCAGGUGUUCCUGGCCUUAAGGGAGAACGUGGAGUAGAUGGUCUUCCUGGAUUUACUGGUCCUCCUGGACCCCCCGGUGACCCGACCUUUGGCAUCCCUGGUCCACCAGGACCCAGUGGCGGCAACGGCCCAAGUGGACCACCAGGUUUUCCUGGUAGGAAGGGUGAACGAGGAGACCCGGGCUUCCCAGGACCUGCUGGUAUGAAGGGUACCUCAGGGCUACCCGGCAUCCCAGGCUCACCAGGGCAAAGGGGACCCCCUGGGCCUGCAGGACCAGGAACCAGAGAAGGAUUCCCAGGAAUACCGGGAAGGAAGGGCGAAAGAGGUUUUCCAGGAGCUAUGGGCUUCCCAGGACUCUCAGGCCGUCCUGGAACACCAGGAUUUCCUGCAGGAAAAGGACUGGCUGGGGAGCCUGGAAGAAAUGGACUUCCUGGCAGGUCUGGAUACCCCGGACAGAAAGGUGACCGAGGACUGCCUGGUCCACCGGCCCCUCCAAUUACAAUUACACAGACAAGAGGAGACUCUGGAAUCCCUGGAACCAACGGACGACCCGGCUUCCCUGGAGCCAGAGGUGACAAAGGUCUGCCAGGCCUGCCUGGUCGACAGGGUCUGCCUGGACUUCCAGGUUUCGCUGAGCAGAGUAAAGGGCAGCCAGGACAACCAGGUUUUCCUGGGCAGCCUGGCUUUCCGGGCGGUCCUGGGCCUAAAGGUGAAGCUGGAAUCAUGGGGUUUCCUGGCAUGUCUGGACCAAGAGGAGAUGACGGCGGACCCGGAAUCCCUGGUAACCCUGGGCAGUCUGGUCGCCCUGGUAACAAAGGUCUGCCCGGAGACUCUUAUGGCUAUCCCGGUGCUCAAGGACUCAAAGGGCAGCCCGGAGACCCUGGAUUUCCAGGUGGACGUAGCACCAAUGGCGCUCCUGGUAAUGAUGGUACUCCUGGAAGUCCCGGUUUCCCUGGAGGGAAGGGAGGGCCUGGAGUAGCUGGACGUCCUGGAAUAAUGGGUUCACCUGGCUUUCCUGGACCAAAAGGUCAGUCGGGAUACCCUGGUAGAAGCGGGCCAGAUGGGACCCCUGGUCUGCCCGGAGGUCCUGCAGGUCCUGGACCCAAAGGUCUUCCUGGACCUCCCGGUUUGGAUGGACUUAAUGGCCUUCGUGGACCAAAAGGCCUUCCUGGAACGCCUGGUGUGAGUGGAGGAAGUCGACCCGGUAACCCUGGCAUUCCGGGAUCAAAGGGCGAGAGAGGUGUCUCCUACCCUGGAGGACCAGGCUUCCCAGGACAGAAGGGAGAGAGAGGAGAGUCAGGUGGUCAGGGACCUUCGGGAUUUCCCGGUCGAUCCGGCCUACCUGGUCAAUCAGCUGGCUCAGACAUUCCUGGACCAACGGGAGAUCCUGGCCUCCCAGGACUAGAUGGAGAGUAUGGCCUGUCUGGUCCUCCAGGGCCUCCUGGUCCACCUGGGCCAGGCACGGACCAGGGGGAUCGAGGUGAUCCUGGGCUCCCUGGCUUUCCUGGAAAUCCUGGCAGGAAGGGAGAACCAGGGUUUCCUGGAGGCCCCGGACUCCCAGGAAGUCCUGGCUUCAAAGGACUACCAGGAGAUAGUGGUAUCAGCGGCAGUCCAGGUAUCAAAGGUUUUCCUGGUGACCCUGGUUACUAUGGAGGCAAAGGAGCCAAGGGAUUCCGAGGCCCUGCGGGUCCCAAGGGUCAGCGUGGUGUCUCAAUCUCAAGGAUACCUGAACCUUAUGAACAAUCGUUUGGAGAUCCAGGCGUUCCAGGUCAACCUGGAACUCCUGGCUUCAGCGGAGAGCCUGGUCAGCCUGGAUUGCCUGGACGUUCAGGUCCAAAGGGUCGGCCUGGUUCUUCUGGUAAACUGGGCAGGCCUGGUUCUGGUGGUCUUCCAGGACCAAUUGGUGACCCUGGUCCUCCUGGUUUCCCUGGAGCCAGUGGAGAUCAAGGCCUUCCCGGUGGUGUCGGUCGGCCCGGCAAUCCCGGGACUUUGGGUCGGAGCAUCAGUAUUGGCUACACUCUGGUGAAGCACAGCCAGAACGCGCAGGUUCCAAUGUGUCCUCAAGGCAUGGCCAAGCUGUGGGACGGGUACAGUCUGCUGUACGUGGAGGGUCAGGAAAAGGCACACAACCAGGACCUCGGUCAGCCAGGGUCCUGCCUCCCCAGGUUUAGCACCAUCCCUUUCCUCUACUGCUCUCCUAACGAGGUGUGCUACUAUGCUAGCCGCAAUGACAAAUCCUACUGGCUCUCCACAACUGCGCCCAUUCCCAUGAUGCCCGUAGCCCAGAAUCAGAUACGAUCUUACAUCAGCAGGUGUUCUGUCUGUGAAGCGCCAUCUCAGGCGGUAUCGGUUCACAGCCAGGAUUUGACUAUUCCUAACUGCCCCCCUGGCUGGAGGAGUCUCUGGAUUGGCUACUCCUUCCUUAUGCACACGGCGGCGGGGGCUGAGGGAGGCGGUCAGUCACUAGUGUCCCCCGGUUCGUGCCUGGAGGACUUCCGCGCAACGCCGUUCAUCGAGUGCAACGGGGCCAAGGGAACCUGCCAUUACUUCGCCAACAAGUACAGUUUCUGGCUGACCACGGUGGACCCCAACCGCGAGUUUGUCUACUCGCCGGACCAGGAGACCCUGAAAGGAGGCCAGGAGCGCUCCAGAGUCAGCCGCUGCCAAGUCUGCAGCAAAGUCUUGUAGGAGAGGAAUGGAUGGAAAUCUUCCAAUACAUGUACACCAGCAAGAACAUGUGACUGAAAAGAAGCCUCCUUUGCUUCAGGAAAGUUUUUAUUUGUGGUAGGAAUGAAUGGUUUAUUGAGGGUGAAAAACGAGGAGUACGGCAAGAGAGAAGGUUUCCACUCUCCUCUAGAUUAUCACUGACAAUAUGGUGCUAUUGUUUGUUUGUGCCUUGUGUUGUUUUUAUUGUCUUUGCUCCUGUUACCAUUCCCCUCUCCCUUGGAGCAUGUUCCUUGACGCGCUGCGCCUGCAUCAACUGAGUCUGUUCUUGUUUCAAAGCUGAUUUUCCCGCAACAAAAGUAAACUUGUAGCUUGCCUUAUAGUUUACGUUGCUUCUAAAAGCUAUUUUUUCCCUAGUGACAAGGCUGUCAUUCAUGUAAACUGACACACCUCAUUAGUCUGCCAACACAAAAAGGAAUACGGAAUUGCUUUUAUGUCAACGUGGCAACAGUAUUAUUUGGGAGAAGUUUGCCCUGACUUGUUUGUGUCGCACAGCACUUUUUCACUUUUUUCACACUUCUUUUUCAACAGUUUUUUUUGUUUGUUUUCAUGGGCAACAAGACUUUUUUUGCAAAAUAGUAACGUCAGAAAAGAUUUAUGGCAAACUCGCCUCAGGUGCUAAAUGAACACGCAUGCAUUGAGUCAAAUAAAAGCAGCACUUUUUCCAACACAUCUAGCCAACACCAGUUAUGGAUGACUUGAAUGAGGCCACAAUUUCAUAUAUUUUGCACUGACAAUGUAUUGGAAUAAAUAUGACAAACAAACCACUGCCCGGACUUUCAAUUUCUGUAAAUCAGGGGUGUCCAAACUUUUUCCUCAGAGGGCCGCAUACAGAAAGAUUUCUACAUUAAAGAUGCUAACACCAAUCCAUUUACUGUAGGUCAAUAUAUAGCUAGCUGGACAAAAUAUACUCGACAAAGCAAAUUAUUGUAAAACCCAAUAGCAUAUAUCUCAUUAAUAAUGAGUUUUCUAAUUUUCCGAAUAUGCCAAUUCACAUUGAAAAAAUAAGCUGUGGGUCAGAAAUUGCCCUCUGCCCGUAUUUUGGACACCCUUGCUGUAAACCCUUUUUACUUUCACACACUGUCUGAUAAAAUGUUAAAUAUUGCUGUACAUAGUAUUUCCCGUGGUUCCCUUCUUUUCUUUUUUCUGGAAUACUCACUAAUGCUUUUUUUUCCCCAUUUGUUUAUAUUUGCUAUUCAUUUCUGUGGAUGAAAUUUGAGUUUCUGCUUUUAAGUGUGUUUAUUUCAUUAUAAAUAAUAUUUCAAGUACAGUAAACACAUGAGUCAAAUGGACCUCUGGCUAGUAAAAGCUACUUUGGGAUUUGAAACCACUGCAACCACAAUGCUUUUCCUGCAUUUGUUUGUUUUUGUUUUUAUUUAGAAUGUAAUUAUUUUAUCUAAAUCAUGAUACUAUCCCCUCUUUUUAUUUACCGGGAUGGAGGGAAUGGUCGGGCAAAUAUGCUUAUAUUAAUUUUAGACAGAAAAAUGAUUUGUUUUAUAUGGUUGGUUAAAAAAAAAAGUGAUGCAUUCAGUGCCAGCAGUUGUGAAAAAAUAAAUGUGGUUUUCCUAAAAGAGGACCAAAACAACAAAAAUGUCCUUUACUGAAGAAUGACUUGAUCUGAUACAGUUGAGGUGGAUUUUGAAAUAAAAGAUGUUGUAUGUAUGAUCCUCAUGUUUGUAUGCUUGCAGAAAAUACAGAGUGUUAUGUGUUGAAGAGUUAAAUGCUGUGUGCUGAACUAAAACCAAAUUAAAACUGUAAAA